AUGAAGGCCGUGAUCCUUGUACUGACGGUGGCGUCGACGUCCUGGGCCACGAGUCCGCCAGUGGCCGGCUAUGACUACUCGGGCCCCUACAGCUUCCAGUGGGACGUCAACGACGCCCCCUCCCGCAACUUCUACGGCCACGGCGAGAAGAGGCAGAAUGACGACACGCAGGGAAGGUACUACGUGCAGCUUCCCGACGGACGCCGCCUGGUGGUCGAGUACUUCGUGGACAGCGCCGGCUUCCACCCCACCGUGUCGUUCGAGGGCGAGAUCACGGCCGGAGGCCAGGGCCAGUAUGGAGGACAGGGAGGAGGCGGUCAGUACGGAGGUCAGGGCGGAGGCUCCGGAGGGUUCGGCCAAGGUCAGGGGUCAGGUUUCUCGGGUUCGGGGGCUGGGUCGAAACCGUCCCUGGCCUACGGGACGCCCUCCAAGCAAUACGACCAUAAAAGCAAGGGAAAUCUCUUUCACGUGUGGCGUCACAUAGGAUAUUGUGACGUCAUGCGGGAAAUGCCAGAGACGUUAUGA